CUGACAAGGAGACGACUUGCCAGACAGGCUGCUAGGAAUCGAACACCCACAACACCAUCGCAAAGGCGAGCUGGGCAACAGGGUUCAACACCACGAACACGACAAACAACUCCGCAACAACAGGGACCACGACGACCUGCGGUCCCUGAGUGGCUGACACCGAUUCCCGUUCCUCCAAACUCCCGUGGUCAAGUCGCCUAUCACCCAUAUGACUGCAUGACGCUCGGCUGUCUAUGUCCCUUCUUCGCGGGACAAAUGCAAGGAGGUAACUGUGUGCUGUCAAAUGGAGCCAUUCUGACAAUGGCUUACCGCAAAGAAUAUCGUAUGAUGACGGAUGACGAACGUAACCGAUGGCAUCGAGCUUUGGCUACGUUAAAAGCCAACGGAGAGUACGAUCGUAUGAGUAGGCAGCAUUUUGACGUAGGAGUGGGUUCAGGAGCGCACUCCGGACCAGGUUUCUUGCCAUGGCAUAGAGAAUACCUGAAGAGAUUCGAAAUUGCUCUCCGAAUGGUUGAUCCAUCAGUGUCGAUUCCCUACUGGGAUAGCGUCUUAGACAGUUACCUUCCCGAUCCACGAGAUUCGAUUCUUUUCUCGAAUUUGUUUGCCGGCGAGACUGACUUCUACGGAAACGUUGUUCAAGGCCCAUUCGCUUACUGGAGAACUCUGGAAGGACGCUCUUUGAUCAACGAGAACCAGGUGAACAACGUUGUGGCACAGGACACCAUUGAGAACGUGCUAGCCUAUACGGCUCCAAUGAUGGGUUGUCCUUAUCCGAACAACUACGGGGCUAUCGAGUACAUUCACUCAAACGUACAUCUGUGGAUCGGAGGAGACAUGAAACCACCCAGUACCUCGGCAAACGAACCAGUCUUCUUCAUGCAUCACGCCUUCGUCGAUUAUCUGUGGGAACUAUGGCGUCAGCUGAAACAACCGAGAUGGCUUAGAGAAGUGGCGUACUCAGCCGAUAACGGUUACUGCACCAACCAACUUCACUUCAGCUGGGCUUACAUGCGUCCUUUCCCUUACUUAGCAAACAGAGAUGGUCUGUCCAACUCGUACACUGAUCAAAUGUACCGCUACGCGCCUCGACCCAGCUGUUCGCUUCAGAAUCCAAACUGUGGUUCACCGUACUUGUUCUGUGACACAAGAGGGUACGUUCUCCGUGAAGAAGACUUUAGUUACCCACACUGCGUCUCUAAGGUAAAGAUGAACGGCAACUGUAUGGGAUUCGAAAACUUCGACGUUUGCUAUGGCGGACGAUGCUGGUGGGGACGAUGUAUCCCUGAAGCCCGCAUCCGCAAAAGACAAGUGAUUCAACCACUCUUCCAGGGAGGAAACCGUGCCUGGGCUUCAAAAAUCUUGAAAAACGUGAAAGCCGUGAACUCGUCGCUCACUUUGGGUCUCAUUUCAACCGCUGAACAGGGAGAGCAAGAGGAUGCACCACAACCAAAACCAGUGAAGAUGGUAGCGCCACUGUUCCGAAACUGCUACAACAGGGCAACGAACAUGAGUUCCGCUUCUGCUGGCCCCGACGUCUUCUGCUCUCAUGACCGGUCGCCCUGCUGUACGGCCUGGGCCAACCAAGGAUUGUGCAGCGCUCAGGCCGAAUACAUGGGAGUGUACUGUGGAGUCAGUUGUGGAGUCUGUACGCCAUCCUUCAACACCUCAAAUACUGAUUGCCAAGAUCUUCACCCGAUGUGCAAGGAGUUCAAGGUACGAGGAAUGUGCAGCGGUGAAGCAGAAAACUUCAUGAACGAGAACUGCCGCCGUUCAUGCGGAACAUGCCAACACCAGAAGGAUGCUAAGUGCUACGAAAACGGAAAGGUUAGUAUGGAAGCUUCAAUUCUCGGCGACCCUUUCUCAAUCCCAUCUCUCUUCCAGCUCAUUCUGCCCACCGUCUCAGAGGAAGUCAAAGAGUCAAUCCAGGAUUCGAUCGAAACGGAAGUAAGAGAAAGAAGCUACAAUCCCAUCAGCAAUCGGUCUCCUCUGCUCAAAGCUUUACCGGAUUGGGUUCAGUUCCGAAUUUGUUCACUCCGCUUUCUCAUUUUUCUUGCCGCUUAG